AUGGCAUCUUAUAACCAGCGAAGCGGCACCAUCAAGCGUGCAGCGUAUGCAUCCAUGGCACUGGCAGCUGGCCCCAAAAGAGCAUGGAGUCGUGCGGUGCUGUGUAGGGUUCUUUGGUGGGGCAGUUCUAGGCUCCAUGGGUUUCCAACUCGCCGAAGGCCAAGAGCUUUCUUUCAUCGGAGGGUCAGAGUGGCAGAUCCUAAGCUACGAGAGCCAAGCAAAGCUGAUGUCCUCCGGAGGCUGGUGCCCGGUGCCAAGGCCAUGGACUUGUCCCGCUUGUUGGAGGAGACUGCACAUUACAUACAGUAUCUUAGAGCGCAGGUUUUGCUCAUGCAGAAUGUUGUUGGUUCGGUCUCUGAUUAG